CUGUCACUCGUUAGAAAACACAUUCCGAAAUUUCUACAACAAAUUCUAUUUCCGAUUUCCUCCAGGUUUGACCCUUUGAUUUUAUCUCAAUAAAAUAAAGUGAAUAUUUUCAAAGUGCAAGUGCAAAUAUGUCAUGAAUUCGUUCAUCAUAUAGACAUUAUUUCUAUUUCGAAAAUUUCAAAUUCUUGACCCGGAAGUGAACAGUUUGGCACCAUCUUCGUUUCAAAUUUGAAAAUGGGGAGAAAAGUGACUCUAGCAACGUGUGCUCUCAACCAAUGGGCAAUGGAUUUCGAAGGAAAUAUGAAUCGAAUACUCAGGAGUUUUGAAUUGGCUAAAGAAAAAGGUGCCACAUACAGGCUUGGCCCUGAACUUGAAAUAUGUGGCUAUGGAUGUUCGGAUCAUUUCUAUGAAAGUGACACAUUCCUCCACUCUAUGCAAGUGUUGGCCUGCCUCAUUCAGUCCCCACAGUGUCAGGACAUCUUAUGUGAUGUCGGAAUGCCAGUGAUGCACAAAAAUGUGGCCUACAAUUGUAGAGUAUUCUUCUAUAAUAAGAAGAUUCUCCUUAUUCGUCCCAAGAAACAUUUAUGUGACGAUGGCAACUAUCGUGAAACACGCUGGUUCUCUGGCUGGACAAAAAUUGGAAAAACGGAGGAAUAUUUUCUGCCAAGAAUCAUUCAGGAAGUUACAAAUCAGAAAAUUGUGCCUUUUGGAGAUGCUGUGAUAUCCACCGUAGACACAUGUCUCGGCUCUGAGAUGUGUGAGGAACUGUGGUCACCUCAGAGUCCACAUAUUGACAUGGGUUUAGAUGGUGUAGAGAUAUUUACCAACUCCAGCGGCAGUCAUCACUCCCUCAGGAAACUGAACCAACGCAUUGAUCUAAUCCGUUCAGCCACCUCUAAGGGUGGCGGCAUCUACCUGUAUGCUAAUCACAAAGGCUGUGAUGGGGAAAGGGUCUACUAUGAUGGCUGUGCUAUGGCAUCUAUCAAUGGACAAAUAGUUGCUCAAGGCUCACAGUUUUCAGUUCAAGAUGUGGAAGUUGUCAUGGCAACAUUUGACUUGGAGGAUGUCAGGGGAUAUAGAAACAUGUGUCGUAGCCGAACUCUUCAGGCUGCCGAUCGUGAGUCUCCAAAAUUCACUCGAGUCCAUGUUGACUUUGCUUUGUCCAAAGAUGACUUCUCGACUUCUCACCUUCAUCCAAUUGAAUGGAAGUACCACACAGCUGCAGAGGAGAUUGAACUUGGUCCCGCCUGUUGGUUGUGGGAUUAUUUACGACGUAGCGGAGCUGGUGGAUUCUUCCUACCCCUGAGUGGCGGGAUUGACAGUUCCAGUACAGCCUGUAUAGUCUACUCCAUGUGCACUCUAGUUUGUGAGGCAGCAACUAAAGGAGAUGAACAAGUGAUAUCAGAUGCCAGGAAGCUAGUCUCCGAUCCGACUUAUACACCUGAAGACCCCAAAGAGUUCUGCAGUCGCAUCUUCACAACAUGCUACAUGGGCUCUGAAAACAGCUCUGAACAAACCAAGUCCAGCGCUCAAGACCUUGCCAAGCAAAUAGGAAGCUACCACUUAAGUAUCAAGAUAGAUGUCGCUACUACAGCUCUGAUGAGCAUCUUCACAACAGUGAUGGGAAUGUUUCCUAAGUUUAAGGUACACGGUGGCUCUCCACGAGAAAAUCUAGCCCUUCAAAAUCUACAGGCCCGAGUUCGCAUGGUCCUUGCUUAUCUAUUUGCCCAGCUGUCACUCUGGGCACGUGGUCUGUCUGGUGGCCUCUUGGUAUUGGGCUCUGCUAAUGUGGAUGAAAGUCUGAGGGGCUACAUGACAAAAUAUGACUGUUCUAGUGCAGACAUCAACCCCAUAGGUGGCAUUUCCAAGACGGAUCUCAGGAUGUUUAUUCGACAUUGCGUUACAAAGUUUGGUCUAACCUCUCUCACUGACAUCUAUAAUGCACCUCCAACAGCAGAAUUAGAGCCACUUGCAAAUGGUGUUAUAGCCCAAACAGACGAGGAUGACAUGGGGAUGACCUAUGAUGAACUGUCUGUAUUUGGUAAACUAAGGAAGCAAGGCACGUGUGGGCCUUAUAGUAUGUACUGUAAGCUGGUACACCUGUGGAGUGAUAAAUGUACACCUGCACAGGUUGCCCAGAAGGUGAAACAUUUCUUCAGAUCAUAUUCCAUAAACCGCCACAAGAUGACAACAUUGACCCCUUCUUACCAUGCAGAGACAUACAGUCCUGACGAUAACAGAUUUGAUCACAGACAGUUCCUCUACAAUGUAAAAUGGCAGUGGCAGUUCAAGUGCAUUGACCAGCAGGUUGAACGAUUGGAACAGCUAGCCAAUAAGCAACAAGCAACUAAAGAUGAUAACACCCAGGGAAGUAGUUCAAAGGAUCCUGCAUCAGCUGAACGCAAGUCGAAAUCACCUGACCCUGUUGCCAUGGCAACCACAGAUAGUCGUCAUGGUGUCACGGUGUCACAUGAUAAGCCAAGUGACCUUGUUGAUUCUGUGAUUGGUACAAGUGUAGGCGAUGAUAAAAUUAGGAGCACAAACAUUCCCGAUAUCUUAAAUGCCUCGUCAGAAACCAAAGAUUUGAUCAAUGAAGCCAAUUAUUUUCAGGGCCGACCAGCUUUAAAAGCUGGUGACUUUUUUAAAGGAGCCAAUGGAAUCAAACCCCAAAGACAACCUAUUAAUAACAAUAAACCUCAAUCCAUGCAGCAUAGCCCUGUUUUGCAAGUGUUGAACCCACACAGCAAGGUCCAUGCCCCUGCUUUACAAAGGUCGAACCCACAUACUCCCACAUCGAUGCCGUCCAAUCCUGCCUUAUUAAAGAAAAUCCCAAAUGUACCGGCAUCCAAAAUAAAGAAAACCUACCAAUCGGGAGAAAAACCUGAAGGCCCUGUGGAGAUCAUCGAGCAACCCCCUAAACACAUCAAAAAGUCAUAUGAGGUAGCAAAUCAAAUGCCCACAAGCACAAAAUCACCUCAGAAAACAAACUAUGGAGCAAAUCUUGGUGGAAAUUUCACUGACAAGCAAGUUCCAAUAACUAACAUGCGGGCUGGUACUAAGAGAGUCGGGAAUCCCGCUAGUUACUUAGUUGGACAACCUGUAACUCUCGGUCAGCAGAACAAACAUGUAAUACACAGAGUUUAA